AUGGGUCGGAUACGAAACAUCACAAUAGGUGUUAUUCUAUUUGUACUUUUCACAGGAUAUUGUUGGAUUCUGAAGAACAGACCAACCAAAACCGAGUCGUUGAUAUUUCGAGAAACAAAUAUGCUACCGGAUCUAACAUUUUCAAAACUGGCAGAUCUUGAGAAUCAGAUGGUAGUUGAGUUGGAUGCGGUAUCUAUGGAGGAAGCCGGAAUCGUGGUAAUCAUAUGUGUGGCUCGUCGCUUCUACCUGCAAGACGAUUAUGAGAUUGAUCUGGAACGGGUACCUAGUACAAGUGUCCUCAGUAGUCAGGAAAAACUAUUCCAGGGUUAUAAAACUACCCAAAAUUGA